CGUCGAACUGAUUUUUGCCAACCUAGAUAUGUAUCAAAUCAGGAGCUAAGAAAGGAAGUAGAUGAGAUGAAUUUGAGUGAGUUAGAAAACAUUAGUAAUUCCGAUGAUAGCAGCGAUGAUGAUUAUAAUGAUAAUUACCAUGAUAGAUAUUUUGCUAGGGAAUUUGAAGUUUUUACUGACCGAUAUUAUCACUGUAAUGAUCAUUACUAUUCUGAUUAUGACUCUGAAGAUCCUAACCACAAUGCGUAUAAUAAUCUUGAUUUUGGUGGUGAAUUUAGAGAGAUUAAUGCGAGUGAUGCUACUAAUGCCAAUGAUGCUGAUGAUAAUAAUAUCGAUGAUUUUGGUUGGUUAUCUUGAUAUUUUGGGAGGAUAUGAUGAUACAUUUCCUUCGAAUGAUGAGUUGCUGAGCAAUUCAGAGCCCAAGUAUUCGUUUGAAGUCUCGUACGACUAGUUGUGGUAAAAGAC